GUCCAGCUGAUAAGGAUCUUGUGGCUGGGGCGGUGGGCAGCGUCAUCGGCGAGCUGCUCCAGCCUUCAACCACCCAUCAAUCCUUCAUUCUUUCCUCAAGCACAAUCCCAAGAGCUGAAAAAGAUUAUAUAGUAAGGUUUCACAAUUACCUGUUAUAUCAGCUUUGCACACGCCAAGCUAAGCAUGAGUAAUCAAAGAUCAUACACAGCUGCUGUUUUUCAUUGCUCCUUAUUAGAGCCCGUAGAGAUCUAGUAUCAGUGCUUAGUUAUCUUUAUUCGAUUGUGAUCACUUUUUCAUCCACAUUGGAUAUGUGUUUAUUACAGGAACCUUUAGUUUGAGCUAUGUAUUUCUAUCACAUAUUUACUGUCAAUGGCCUUGUAUGCUUGCAGGUGUUUACAUCUAUUAAUGCUGAACCUGUUAUAUUAGCUCUGCACAUGCCAAGCUUAUUUUUUCAUCUCAAGAGCUAGCAGGCAUGGAUCUUGUGUCCGGGGCGGUGGGCAGCGUCAUCGGCAAGCUCGGCGAGCUGCUCCAUGAGGAGUACAAGCUGCAGAAGGGCCUUCCUGAGCAAAUCCAGUCUCUGAAACAUGAGCUCGAGAGUGCGAAAACGGUUCUCAGCAAGGUGGGCGAGGUGCUACCAGAACAGCUGGAUCCACAGGUCCGGCUGUGGGCUAGCGAGGUCAGGGAGGCGUCAUACGACAUGGAGGACAUCCUCGACACCUGCCUUGUCAGCAUCAUCGACGUAGACGCCCCAGCUGAGAACAAGAAUGGCCUGCUCAAACGUCUCCUCAAGAAUAUUGCCGACUUGUUCAACAAGAGCAAGGAUCGCCACACCAUCGCCGGCGCCAUCGAUGACAUGAAGAAGCGAAUCCAGGAGGUAGCUGACCGCCGUGACAGGUUCUCCGUUGAGGUGGCUUUGCCUGCCCUGGCGACGAAGCCGGAUCCUCGCCUUUCGGAUAUGCACAAAGAAGCGGCGCAGCUCAUCGGCAUCGAGAAGACGAAGGCUGAACUUACAGCCAUGCUUCUGCCUGAUCUCAAAAGAAAAGAAAAGAAAAGAAAAACCAUGCUUCUGCCGACGCCUCACGGCAAUGGAGAUUCUGACGUCUCCGGCAGCGGUAGCAGCAGCAGCAAGAUGAAGAUAGUUUCUGUGGUUAGAGUUGGGGGACUGGGCAAGACAAAUCUUGCCAAGGCAGUUUACGAUGAGCUUCAAUCGCAAUAUGAUUGUGGAGCCUUUCUUUCCGUUGGCCGGAAACCUGACCUGGCGCAAGUCUUGAGCAACAUAUUGUACCUUCUCAACAAAAACGAAUACACGACCAUUCACAAUGUAAAAGACCAAUCCCUGCUCAUUGGAGAACUCCGAAAAUUCCUCCAAAACAAGAGGUACUUCAUUGUUAUUAACGAUGUAUGGGACGUAACAACUUGGAACAAAAUCAAAUCAGCUUUGGUUAACAAUGACACUGGAAGUAGAGUAAUCACAACUACUCGCAAUCGAGAUGUAGCCAGCAGGGAGGAGGUUUACGAGCUACGCACACUUUCCCCUAAUCACUCAGAGAAAUUAUUCAGAACAAGGCUGUUUGGUGUUAAUGGUGAAUAUCCUGCUAAUCACCCUGCUGCGGCAUCUGAAAAGAUUCUGAAAAAUAUGGUGGUAUACCAUUAGCUAUCAUCACAAUGGCCAGUUUAUUGGUGGGUAAAUCAAGAGAAGAUUGGUUUGUUGUAUGCAACUCUCCUGGUUUCUAUCGUGGUAAGGGUAACCAGCAAGUAGAUGAUACUGAGUGGAUAUUGUCUCUUAGCUACUAUGAUCUACCUUCUUAUCUAAGGACCUGCUUAUUGUAUCUAAGUGUGUAUCCAGAAGACUAUGAGAUUGAGAAAGAUUCUUUGAUAUGGAAAGGAUAGCUGAAGGUUUCGUGAAGAAGAGAAGAGGAACAAGCUUGUUUUAGCAGGGAGAGGAAUACUUCAAUCAGCUCGUAAAUAGAAGCAUGAUUCAGGAGGUCGAGUCAGAUGACAUGGGCUUAAGUCAUUAUGAUGUAUGGGGUUGUCGAGUUCAUGACAUGAUGCUUGAUCUCAUCCGUGACUUGUCAUAUAAAGAAAACUUUGUGACUAUCUCAAAUGAUGAUGAAGGAACAUCACCACAUUAGAACAGGGUGCGCAGGUUAGCUCACCAGAAUAGAAUUAUGAAGCAAACUCAGCAGGACAAUCACAUGAACAUGGCAUAAGUGAGGUCAUUGGUUGCUUGUAGGUGUAAUAUUGAUAGUUGGGUCUUGCAUCCAAGCUUUAAAUUCAUGCGAGUGCUAGAUUUGGAGGGAUGCACAGUACCUUGGCAAGGCUGGCAGGGUCUUAAGCACCUUGGAAAUCUACUUCAUUUGAGGUACCUUGGUCCAUGAAAUACAAAUGGUAUUCGUGAGCUCCCGAAAGAAAUAGGAAAACUUAAGUUUCUACAGAUACUUGACUUGGAGGUUCUCACAUAUGGGUACUGCCAUUGGGUGUUUGCCAGUUAACGUAGUUGGUCUGCCUACAUGGUGACACAUUCAACGGUACAUGCGCGCCGGAUGGGUUGUUCCUGAGGAAGGUGACAUCAUUAGAGUACCUGCGUAUACGUAUUGAUAACCUAGAUGAGGAGUCCCAUCGGCAAUUUAUUAAGGACGUUGGCAACCAUAGCGAAGUCAGGGUGCUCCACAUUUAUGUUGGUCGUUGGAAAGGGAUAGUGCAGUCAGAUCUAGUGCAUUCACUAGGCAAUCUCCACAAACUCGAGCAUCUGGAACUAGCAAGUUAUAAUGGUAAAGCUGCAAUGAGGGAGUGGGGCAGAGUGGUGUUUCCGCGGCAUCUCAGGCAUUUGGGUUUAGGUUCUAUACCAUUCCGUCAGCUGCCAUCAUGGAUUAGUCCCGCGCAUCUCCCCAUCCUCCGCUACUUGUCAUUGCAUGUGGAUCAUAUGGACCAUUCAAGUCUGCGAAACUUGGGUGGGUUGCCAGAGCUCAGCCAUCAUCGAUUACUUGCAUGACAACUAUAGCUAAUAUUACUGCGGUCGAUGGCUUCUUCAAGAAGUUGAGAUACUGUUGGUUGUAUGGCUGGAUGGUCCAGUUGGUGCUCAACGAGGACUCCACUGGUGUUUCGUUUAGCAUAUGGAAUGGGAUGGGUGCCAUAGCCUUUGGUUCCAAAAUAAAGGACGAGUACAACAGAUCAAUAGCACCACUGUCCGUGAUGCCAAACCUCCAAGUGCUUCACUUUGACGUUCCCGUCAGGGCCUUAUAUAAGGUUUGAAAUGGUGGUUGUGGUAAUCUCGGGUUGGAGUGCCUCCCUUCGCUUCACAGUGUCAAAAUAGCUGUCAACUGUACGUGAGGGUGCCUCUGCUGAUGACGUGGAGAAGGUAGAAGCUAAGCUGAGGAACGCAGUACAACUCCAUCCCAACCGGCUCAUAAUCAAACUCCAACAACGCAAUGAACAUAACAUGAUGGCACAAUCUACAGACCAAGACCACAAAGAGGUUUUUGCAUGGCAUUUCUAGAUUCAUAUAUAGUUUUCAGUAUGUUUCUAGACAUAUAGUGUAUAUAUAGAUAAAUACCAAAAGCAAUGAACCUACGUAUGCUAAAACGACCUACAAUUUGGGAUGGAGAGACUACCUUA